AUGGACGAAGGCGAUAGACAGCCAGGUCCUCUGCGGAUCAUCAAACGCACGUCCAAUCCGCCAAUUCAAUCCUCAGCCAGCGACAGUGCCCACGGUUCCGGGUCCGACCACGACCAGCUCUCCAGACGAGCAAGUGCGGCCACAGAUGAGAGCAUGGACAGCAUCCAAGAAGAUUCCGGUGCGCCCCAGCGGUCCUUGAGCAUCCCGAAAAAGCGGAGGACCCUGCUUUCGCAGGUAGAUGGAGGCGCCAGCCGCUUUUAUGCUGCACCCGAGGCCCAUGCGGCCGGCAUGGCAAGACGCAGGCGGAACGACACGGACAGUUUCGGCUCAGGGAGUGAUCACAGUGACAUCGGCAUGAUGAACGGCAGGUCUGAGGCUAGCGGUGGGUUUGCAUCUGUCCGGACGCAGUAUCUGAGAGACGGAUAUCGAGCAGAAAAACCCGACUACGGCCUGCACUCGUUGCGGCCGUCGUCCAGUCAUGGUAGCAGCCGUCUUUACGAAGAAGAAGAUGCCUUGGACAACUUCCAGAGGAUGCGUCUCAGCAGUGAGGCAGAUAGCGCCGGCAUAGGCGACGUCUGCCGAAAUCAGCAGGGCGAGUACGAUGCUCAAAGUAAGGACACGUACAGUCCACAUAGUGACGAGUGCUUCAUUUGGCCUCCCAACGACUGUGGGAGACGCACGGGCAUGCUGCCUGCCUCUUCUGGUAGACACGGUGCAUACAACGAGCUUCUGACUCACUCAGGGCUCCAUCCUCGCCAGUCUCACCGGCAGCACACGUAUGACAGCCGGCCUGUGUCAACCUCGGAUAUUCUUGCCACCGGUCCUGAACUGUUCCAGCCGGAGCCAUAUGCGCGGCCCCGUACUGCAAUACCUUUUAACAGCCCCUACAAGAGUCAUCGCGCAUCCGAGUCCUUGCACUUUUGCCAAGACACAUCUCGAAGCCACCUGAGCCGCAGACUGAGCCAGGUCAGUGCCAAAUCCGAGGUUCGUGCUGAGGUUGACCCACAGAUCUUGGUCCCCAUCGUCUCAGUCACGCCCGAGUGCAGAACAGUCGAGGGUGAUGUGAACAGUUUUUGGGUCGCCAUCGAGCUCUUUGCCCACGUCACACAGCCGUUGGACACGGGCUCGUCUCGCGACCACCGUUUUCGACAAGACUACCGUCAAGCCUCAACAUCAUCGUUUGCCACAGACGACGACCAAGGCCUCUACCGCUUCGGAUACAUUUCCAAUAUGGAUAUAAAGAUCAUCUCGUCGUACCAAAGCGAGAUCCUUGAGGUCAUUGGGAAAAGUCCCAGUCUUUUGACGCUCCUUCCCGGCUCACGGCGCCUCAUGGUGGUCCAUGUCCAUCUUGACAUGACAAAGAAGAAGCAGGCAGCAGAAUCACAGGAAUAUCGCCCGCUCUCACACAGUAGUACGUCUGAUCAGCUGCUGGAGGACCUGGAGCUCCAUCUCGGGUCCACUUCCCAAGAGUACAUGCAAAUCCAGCUCACGUAUUCCCACUCCGGGUUUCCCAAGCGCGACGUUGGCAGAGAUCCCAUGGAUCGUGACGGCGGGUGCGUCGAGGUUCGCACUACUAUCGAGACAACGGUGACGGCAUUGGUAAUGCAGCAGAACUCAUCAUCAAUGUGGUCGCCGUCCGCCGCACCGCCUGGUGGUAGUCCCUUAGUCGACAUCGUUGCCAAGCACUGGGGCCCGGCAGCAGCUAAGGAGAUGGCCAAGAGAAUUGCCACCUCGAUCGAGACAUGGCGUCCUAGUACCCCCGAGAACGGCACUCAGGAUGGUAGCCUGGACGAAGUGACCCCUCGCGCGGUCCCGCGAUUGUCGGUAUCGUCCGCCAACAUUCCCACUGACUCCGACCCGCCAUCUCCAGGAUGUCUUUUGCCACGGUCGAAAAUUUCGCGAUUGGCGUCAGGCGGUCCAAGGCAGGCAAUCCCGGACGCGGCACCCCGCAACAUUCGGCGUCUCGUUGGCAUGGACACAACUAACCUCCAGAAUGUGCCCCUUGUGCCAUCCGAGCAAAGUUUGAAGAGUGAGAACUGCGGCGAUCGGAUGCAGGACUACAGCGGGAUUCGCAGCAGCAGCCGCAGCAGUACCGUUAGCAAGAGGUCCGGCAAGUGGCCCUGGCCAGGUUGGUUCUCAUAA